UACAUGGUUUUAGUUCAUGGUAAAUGGUACCUUUUAUUGUGGAUCACCCCUAGACCAAAGACCUGGUACCUUUUGUUGUGAAGAACAUGUUUUCUAUGUCCAACAAUGACUAUCACUUAAAAAAUCAAGGUGUCCAACUACUUCUGGAGGAAUUUUUAGUAGGGAACUGAUCAUUUUCUGGACGGCGUCCCAAUGGUUUCUACUCUGUCAUUCCAGUUGUGGAGGUGCCUAAUGUCUCAUGGGAGGACAUUGGUGGGUUGGACAAUGUCAAACGGGAACUUCAGGAGGGAUGAUGCAUCUAAUGGACCACGAUAAAGUGAAUGAAGAUCUUGCAAAGCUGAUGGAGACUGAGGUUCUGAAUGUUCAAUUGAGCUAUGAUGGCCUGCGGAUACCGUUACUUGAACUAUGGUUUAUUAUAAGCUCGAGCCGAGAUAUUCAAGACUGCGGGGGCCUCUGAUAAUCCAUGAAUUUUGGAUGGUUAUCAUGGUAUGUUGGCUAACACAGGUAUUGGCAGAAGAUCAGAAAGAUGCCUUUAAGGAUUUCAUCAAAGAAAAGGUCAGGGAAGCAAAGAAAGCACAGCGGGAGGCAAGGCAAGCUCGCAAAAAGGCUGUUGAAGAAAUGGAUGAGGAAACGAAAGCUGCAUAUGAGAAAAUGAGGUUUUACAAGUUCUAUCCAGUGCAGACACUGGAUGUACCGGACAUAUCCCAAGUGAAGCACAACCAUUCCCUGAGCUCAUCUUUGCUGUAUCCACAAGGAUCGCCACGACAAUUUGACAAUUACAUCAACGGCCUCCAUCGUGGUCACAAUAACAAGGGCCACAUGACAUCUCAAGGCCCUCUCAACAGCCACAUCGACCAGUUAAACCACUCGACAUCAACAAACAAGUCCAAGGAGCCAUGUGUCACAACCUCAGACUCAUGGAUACACCUAGCCAUGACACCACUCUCAGAUAAUACAAUUCAACCUUACGUGGACACGCCUUAGCAAUGUGAAGACCCAUCUCAAGAUUCUAAUAAUCCAGUAUUGCCCUAGAAUGACGUGAUGCAGGCAUAUGAUGUUACUACACCAGCAUGUGAAGACCUCGCACCACCAGCAAAAAAAAUUACUCCACAUCAAGGCGCUAAGAUUUAAUCUGGAGCAAGAUUGCACUAACCAUCGACAACAGACCAAGUAAUAUAGCAUUGACUGCCCAUACUAACAACCACGAUGUUCGAAGAUUCAACCAUAGCAUCGGACUUCUUCAUAACCAUGCCAAGUAACUAGACAUCAACAAUGUUAAAAGAUUUCGCAACAACCAUCACCGUCAUAACAAGGACUUCCCCAAUAAUUUUAGCAACCAGGCUACACG